AUGGGGGAGAAACCCCAGGAGCCAGGGACGUGUUGGUGUUGGGGCUGUGCCCCCCGCGGCCGGGCUGCGGCGCGGGUCGCCCAGGGCAGAUGUCUGCAAAAGCGAGGCUGUGACGCGGCGCAGGCGCGGUGGGUGCUGAGCGCUGGGGUCCGCAGCAGCCAGGCCGGGACGCGGCGCAGGCGCGGCAAGCGGUUCCAGGAGUGGUGCUGCGUGAUCCUGUGCUUCGGCCUCAUUGCCCACAACUUGGUCCACCUCCUGUUGCUGGCCCGCUGGGAGCACAUGCCCCUGGUCAUCGUGGGCAUCGUUGCCGGCGCGCUUGUUGCUGACUUCCUGUCUGGCCUGGUGCACUGGGGGGCCGACACAUGGGGCUCCGUGGAGCUGCCCGUUGUGGGGAAGGCUUUUAUCCGGCCCUUCCGGGAACACCACAUCGACCCCACAGCCAUCACAAGGCAUGACUUCAUCGAGACCAACGGUGACAACUGCCUGGUGACCCUGCUGCCGCUGCUGAACAUGGCCUACAAGUUCCGCACCCUGAGCCCAGGAGCCCUGGAGCCGCUGUACCCCUGGGAGUGCUUUGUCUUCUGCCUGAUCCUCUUCGGCACCUUCACCAACCAGAUCCACAAGUGGUCGCACACGUACUUCGGGCUGCCGCGCUGGGUGGAGGCGCUGCAGGACUGGCACAUCAUCCUGCCCCGCCGGCACCACCGCGUCCACCACGUGUCGCCCCAUGAGACCUACUUCUGCAUCACCACAGGCUGGCUGAACUACCCGCUGGAGAAGGUGGGCUUCUGGCGGCGCCUGGAGGGUCUCAUCCAGGGCCUCACAGGCGAGAAGCCGCGGGCGGACGACAUGAAGUGGGCCCAGAAGAUCAAGUGACUUCGGGAGCCCACUGCGGGGACCAGCCGCCCCAGCCUUGAACGGAAGCCAUCUGCCAAAUCCCUGCCUCGCCCAGGGGACCCCGCCCGCCCGUGACAAUACUUGAGCCACUGACUUCAGUUCUUCUUCCUUUUGUUUCCUGGGCCCCUCCCCAAGCGCCUGAGCUGCUGUCCCAAAGCCCAGCACUGCAGAAAAAGGGAGCCCCGCCCCCACGCCCGCUGCCCUGCCCCAGGGCUGAAUGAGGCCACUGACAUGGCCCUCCUGGCCCCAGUGGCCCAGGGAAACCCGGACCCUUGGGCGCCCCUGCAGGUGGACAGCCUUUGCCGCCAGUGGUCACCCAAGAUGGCGCCCGCCAGAGGGGCCGAGGGCAGCCAGCAGCAGAGGCCAAGACCCCCGUCACGUCUGGGCACCCUCUCCCUCUGCCCGCCCCAUCCAGCUGGCUCUGCGGUCACAGCCAAUGAAGGGCUGGUCACCUGGGAAAGGACAUCCUGUCUCCUUACAAGGUGUGUUGGAAGGAAGCGGGGGCUUUUUUAUUUUGGGGUUUUUUUAAAGGUGCUUGCUUGUUAAUGUAUAAUAGAACGCCUUAAUAUCUUUUCUGUAACACGGAAUACUAUUUUAAUGUCCUGUUUUGGAUGUACAUAAUAUAUUUAUAACAAAGCAGCAAGAGUCUCCUUCACCCUGGCAGCCUCAAGGUGUUUCCUGGCUGGCUGGGGCGGGGCCAAGAGGUCAGGAUGAGCUCCGCCCCCUCCCCAGCCCCCCCCUCCCCCCGCCUGGCCUCCAGGUGGGGCUGUUAGCCCGGGUAGAAAACUACUGUCACCUUUCCAAGGGGACCCCCAGCUUGGGGUGGGGGUGGGGGACCGUUCAGGGGACCAUGACAGAUAAAGGCUGGUCCAUUCUGGAGCGUUCCUUCAUGUCGCUGGCCGGUGGGUGUGUCAGACUCUGGUCUUGACACUGGACUACAGUGAACUAAAGCCCUGCCCGGAGUCGCUGGGCUGGGCGAGGGGAGACAAUAAAUGUGAAUAAAUGCACA